UCGAGCCCUGCAUGGAUCUGUAAUUGUACCAGUUUUGGGUACCAUAAUGCGGACCCAUAAGAGAACUGAUACGGCUAAAGGAAAAAGAAGAAGGUACUCGAGUACAAGUACCAGUAUGAUACCGGUAGCUUAGCAUGCCGGUAGCUUAGCUAACAGAAAUUGGGUCAGAUUGGACGGGGACCCAUGUGAAUCCUGGAAAAGACUGCAAGGUUCCAAUUGGUGUGCGUCUGACUUGCAGUGUCUUCAGGCAUCUCAGUUGACCUCCUUUCCCCACUCUCUCAGCCAAAUUCUCUCCUUCUCUCACUCUCUGAUCUCACUCUCUGGUGCUGUAGCGGUAUCAGGGCCGCAGGCAACCAUCGCUACAGAUUCUUAGCACCACGCAAAAGUAAUCAGCCGUUCGUUCCCUUUUUUCCCAAACACUGGACACGAUAACGACCACCCCCUAUAGCCUACCGGAAAACAAUACAGAGAAUGCCACCACAAACCCCAAUCCAAGCCCUCCCCGACUCGGUUCAUACAGUGUGGAAACGCCUAGAAACACACCUCCUCUGCCUGCCAAUCCUAACGCGCACCGUGAUACUGCUCAUUGCAGUAAUACACAUGUUGGGUGUAUGCGGCUUUGCGAUGCUGGAUUGGUUCGCCCUGGAUGUUGGGAAGAUGGAUUUGGGGCAGAUGCAUCGAUUGAAUACUUACCCGCUUGUGCAUGUGGGGCUUUUGCACGCGCUUUUGAACAUUCUUGCAUUGACCCCGUUGCUCGAGAGGUUCGAGAGGGAGGUGGGGACUUUGAAGACAUUGUUGUUGGUGCUUGGUCGUAG